AUGGCUUCCAGAGCAGCAGCAGGAGCCCGCCCGGGCGCCAGAUUCGCCCAGUUCAAGCUGGUCUUGCUUGGAGAAUCUGCUGUCGGAAAGAGUUCGCUCGUUCUGAGAUUCGUCAAAGAUCAAUUUGAUGACUACCGAGAGUCGACGAUUGGCGCCGCCUUCCUGACACAGACCAUCUCGCUGGACGAAAACACGACAGUCAAGUUCGAAAUUUGGGAUACCGCCGGCCAAGAGAGAUACAAGUCCCUGGCUCCCAUGUACUAUAGAAAUGCCAACUGCGCCGUUGUGGUUUAUGACAUCACCCAAGCUUCUUCGUUGGAUAAGGCCAAGUCGUGGGUGAAGGAACUGCAGCGCCAGGCAAAUGAGAACAUCGUGAUUGCCCUCGCGGGUAACAAGCUCGACCUCGUCAACGAGAGCCCGGACAAAAGAGCGAUUUCAACGGCCGAUGCCGAGGCGUACGCGCGUGAAGCUGGAUUGCUUUUCUUCGAAACGUCUGCAAAGACCUCUUCGAACGUGCAAGAGCUCUUCACCGCCAUCGCAAAGAAGUUGCCGCUAGACCAGGCCGGACCACGGAAUUUGCGAACCGCUCCCCGUCCCGGCGUUGACUUGCGGCCGGAGGCACCUGGCACCCAAGGCGCUGGAGCAUGCAACUGUUAA